AUGGCUCGCCCCUCCGUCGUCCAAGAGUAUGCCGCGCCCUCAACAACCCUAAGCCUCGACCACAAAGUCGCCCACGAGCGCCAGCUCUACAAUGUCCCACGUCCGCAGGGCUACCGCGUAUCAUGGCAUGCCAAUCCAGCCGUGGAGCCACACCAUUUCGGCCAGUCACACCCCAUGAAACCAUGGCGGCUCACUUUGACCAAGCAAUUGGUAAUGGCAUACGGGAUGCACCACGCGAUGGACCUGUACCUUUCGCGCGCAGCGACAUAUGAAGAAAUGGCCGAAUUCCACGAAAGCGAUUACCUUGAUUUCCUCAAACAAGUCAUGCCGGGCGAUAUCGACAAACCGGAGCAAAGCGAUAACGUCAUCCGCUUCAAUUUCGGUGAUGAUUGUCCCAUCUUCAACGGGCUGUACAAUUACUGUUCCCUGUACGCAGGCGGAACUGUCGACGCAGCCCGGAAACUCUGCAACGAUCAAUCGGAGAUAGCGAUUAACUGGUCUGGAGGUCUGCACCACGCGAAGAAAUCCGAAGCUAGCGGGUUCUGUUACGUGAACGAUAUCGUCCUCGGCGUCCUCCAACUCCUCCGUCAUCAUCCCCGCGUCAUGUACAUCGAUAUCGACGUCCACCACGGCGACGGCGUCGAACAAGCAUUCUGGUCCACAGACCGUGUGCUCACAGUCUCAUUCCACAAAUACGAUAAAGAUAACUUCUUCCCUGGUACCGGUGCACUCGAAGAUACGGGCCCAAAUCACCCCCUAAACCCUGGCGCACAUCACUCCAUCAACGUCCCGCUAAACGAUGGCAUCGACGACGAAAGUUACAUCUCGCUGUACCACGAGGUAAUCGGUGCCUGUGUUCGCAAUUACCAACCCGGCGCUAUCGUUCUGCAAUGCGGAGCCGACAGUCUUGGCUGCGACCGGCUUGGCUGUUUCAAUCUUAACGUUCGCGCGCACGGUGCCUGUGUCGCGUUCACAAAGACAUUCGGAUUACCACUCCUCGUCGUUGGUGGUGGUGGGUACACACCACGAAAUGUCUCCCGGGCGUGGGCGCAUGAAACAUCCAUCCUGAUAGAAGCGGAUCAAAUAAUCGAUACGACGAUCCCUGAAUCCGUGACGUUCCGGAAUCACUUUGGUCCUGAUUACUCUCUCUUCCCGCCUCUGUCUGAGAUGCGUAAACUCGAGAAUAAGAAUACGCGGGCGUAUCUUAGUGAUCUGGUUGAAUCUGUUCAUGAGCAGCUGCGCUAUAUCAAGGGUGCGCCCAGUGUGCAGAUGAGUUUCAUUCCUCCUGAUAUCCUUGGUUUACGGGAGGAUACGGAGAAGGAGAUUGAAGAGCAAACUGCUUUGAUGGAGGAGGAGUAUGAGGAGCGAAUGGGUGGUUCGGCUGCUGCGUCAAGUAUCAGUCCUGCUGCUUCUGGUUCUGCCGGUGCUAUUCCGCGUGGAAAUAGGCGGAGGGACCUUGAGCGGGGAGCUGGGUACAGAGGCGAGUUAUAUUCAUGA